AUGACGAAGCGGGUAGAACCUUUGAGAGGUGGGAACCAGGGGAAGGAAGUUUUGCAUUGGGAGAAUUCCCUUGAAGGAGUAGUAGAGUUCCAGCUCUUUACUCCAUAUCUGCUUCCGGGUCACCGGGCGACAGGCAUCUUUUCUCCACCAGCCAUCACCCUCAUGAGGGUCUGCUGCAGCACAGAGCAAAUAUUUUGUCAGAAGGAUGGGAAUAAACUGAUAAACACACCUGCUGAUGGGAAACUUUCCAGUCGACUCAAAAUAUGUGAAGUUAAUGGUGAACUGAAUCAAGAUGAUGUUAAUGGUGAACUGAAUCAAGAUGAUGGUUUUAGCUUAUAUUUAACAUCCUCAUGGAAAAUUCAGCAGCCCUCGGUAAGCCCUGCUCAUUCUAUAGCUAGAUCAGGAAACCUCUUGUCUCCCAGAGUGAAAGGGCAUGAUUGCUUCAUAAGACUUGAACUCCGAGGAGGGUGGGUGGGGAGCGCUCUCGCAGAGGGCGCCGUCAGACCCUGCGCCCGCGCUGUCAGCAGCGCUGGGUGGAUCCGGCCUGGGCCUGUCCAUCUCCAGCCGGGUGGACAAGCCCCCGGAGCCCUUGCACCCUGCCUGCCCGCUCUCAGUGAUUAUUUAUUCAAGUUACUUCUGAUUGGCGACUCUGGGGUUGGAAAGUCUUGCCUCCUUCUUAGGUUUGCAGAUGAUACAUAUACAGAAAGCUACAUCAGCACAAUUGGUGUGGAUUUCAAAAUAAGAACUAUAGAGUUAGAUGGCAAAACAAUCAAGCUACAAAUAUGGGACACAGCAGGCCAAGAAAGAUUUCGAACAAUCACUUCCAGCUAUUACAGAGGAGCCCAUGGCAUCAUCGUAGUGUAUGAUGUGACAGAUCAGGAGUCAUUCAAUAAUGUCAAACAGUGGCUUCAAGAAAUAGAUCGUUAUGCCAGUGAGAACGUCAACAAGUUGUUGGUAGGGAACAAGUGUGACCUGACCACUAAGAAAGUAGUAGACUACACAACAGCAAAGGAAUUUGCUGAUUCCCUUGGAAUCCCAUUUUUGGAAACCAGUGCUAAGAAUGCAACGAAUGUAGAACAGUCUUUCAUGACGAUGGCAGCAGAGAUUAAAAAGCGAAUGGGCCCUGGAGCAACAGCUGGCGGUGCAGAGAAGUCCAAUGUUAAAAUUCAGAGCACUCCAGUGAAGCAGUCAGGUGGAGGUUGCUGCUAAAAUUUGCCUCCAUCUUUUUCUCACAGCAAUGAAUUCACAAUCUGAACCCAAGUGAAAAAACAAAUUGCCUGAAUUGUACUGUAUGUAGCUGCACAACAACAGAUUCUUACCGUCUCCACAAAGGUCAGAGAUUGUAAAUGGUCAAUACGGACUUUUUUUUUAUUCCCUUGACUCAAGACAGCUAACUUCAUUUUCAGAACUGUUUUAAACCUUUGUGUGCUGGUUUAUAAAAUAAUGUGUGUAAUCCUUGUUGCUUUCCUGAUACCAGACUGUUUCCCGUGGUUGGUUAGAAUAUAUUUUGUUUCGAUGUUUAUAUUGGCAUGUUUAGAUGUCAGGUUUAGUCUUCUGAAGAUGAAGUUCAGCCAUUUUGUAUCAAACAGCACAACCAGUGUCUGUCACUUUCCAUGCAUAAAGUUUAGUGAGAUGUUCUAUGUAAGAUCUGAUUUGCUAGUUCUUCCUUGUAGAGUUAUAAAUGGAAAGAUUACACUAUCUGAUUAAUAGUUUCUUCAUACUCUGCAUAUAAUUUGUGGCUGCAGAUAUUGUAAUUUGUUGCACACUAUGUAACAAAACAACUGAAGAUAUGUUUAAUAAAUAUUGUACUUAUUGGAAGUAU